CCAAGAGCGAUUGCAUUCCGGAACAAACUGCGAGCGGGGUUCAGGACAUGUUUUUUUCCUUGCCAGAAGACCGAAGCCCUUUGACGCUUUCCUUCAUGAAGCAGUGCGGCUCUCUUGAGCGUUCUCGCGGCCUGAAGGUAGACGACAUGGCUGCGCUCGAGGCCAUUGGAGUCCACAGUGCCCUGUUCAAUACCAUUCCUUCGUCAUCUUGGCCCCUUGUUUACGUCUUCAACUCCGUAGACCUCAUCGUGUAUCUACGCGCGGAGUUGAAAGCCUCUUCGUUCUCGGCAAAUCUUCCAACGAGAUUAUCGUUGACAUUAUUCGCAUGGCGGGAGAUACCUUUUAUUUAUCACAUUCUUCCGAGAAAUCCACUGUCUCAACAGUACCGGAACAUCCAUUUGCCGUAUCAUGAAUAGCACGGCACUUUCUAAUUCUCCCCGCAACUAUCUUCUUAAAGAAGGCUACUUCUUUUGAGUUGAUCCGCAUCAACAGGGCUGGAUGCCGAGGAAUUCUUUGGCCCUCACUUCGU